AUGAUACCGACAUCGUCAUUUCCACAUUAUACUUCGAUUCCGCCAUUCAUGUCACAGACUGGUCUUCCCUACACGUCAUUCGUUUUCCCGAAUUCUCUGGCAAAUACCAGAGCUACGACAUCAGGAAAUGCAAACGCCAGCAACGAUAAUGGACGUCGAAGUGGUCGCCGAGAGCGGACGUCGUUCAGCCGACUUCAAUUGGAGCAUUUGGAAAGGGUUUUCCGUGAGACCCACUAUCCAGAUCUAUACAAACGAGAAGAAAUAGCCCGAGCUAUUAAUCUACAAGAAGUUCGAGUUCAGAUCUGGUUCAAGAACAGGCGAGCAAAGGACCGGCAACUGAAGAAAACCCACCAAUUGCAGAAUAACAAGAAGAUCCCACCAGGAUCAUCUUCGACGGAGACGCCACCACCAGAGCCUACAAUGGCAGAAUUCAAACCGAUUCCCAUACCUGGAACCAUUGACUUCAAGUCAGAGACAGAAGCCAAAUAUCCAACCAAGGACGAUCAGAAAUACGUUGAAAGCGGCUAUCAGCCCGGUUGUCCUCCGUCAGCUACAGCAGCAUGGUACCAGCUUCCGACGGCCAACUAUUCCAUCUACAACAACUUCUACGCUACUCCAGCCAAUUACUAUCAUCAGUAUGGCUAUUCAUCCGAUUAUAUUCCUCAAAACCCUCCAUAUUGUGGACAACUGUGA